AUGCCUCCCACUAAAUCAAGCGUCGCUUGGCAGUUUUUCACAAUUAAUGCUGAUAAUAAUAAACUGGUGUGUAAAUUGUGCUCAUUAAGCUAUUGUAAAUCUGGAAGUACAACCACUCUCGUUAAUCAUUUAAAAAACAAACAUAUUAUUGAAUAUAGUGAAGCUGUAGCAGCUAAUCAGCUAAUAAUAAUAAGUGACAUUUCAAAAUUGCCAAAUGUCUCACAACCAAUUUUGAGUACUGAGGCUCCUGCAAAACGUUUGAAACAAAUGCGGCUUACUAUUCCUGGUAAAAUUAAUCAAAAAGCUGGCGAUGAUGCUUUAAUGAACAUGAUUAUUUUAGAUAUAAAAGUACUCACGCGUAUGUUAGAGGAAAAAUAUGAAAUGCAUAGUGCGGAAGCAAAGGCAAAACUUACAUUUGUCGAAAACAUUGCAAUUACGACUGAUAUAUGGAGUAGCGAUAGCCAGAAAAGUUUUCUUAGCGCAACUGCUCAUUUUAUUAAAGAUAGCAAAUUAAAUUCAUUAGUCAUAGCAACAAUAGAACUCAGAGAAAAUCACACGUCACAAAAUAUUUCUAAUGGUUUGAAAUCUGUGUUAAUUGAAUGGCAAAUCUUUGAUAAAGUUGAUACUGUUAUAAAGACAAAGAAAAUUGUGAACUUCUUAUCGCAAGCGAUUGUAGCACAUUUUAAACAUAGUGUGAAAUCGUCAGGUAUUCUGCAAGGAUUACAAAAGCAAAUGAACUUAGAUGUUAUUACUUUAUCACAAGAUAUACCAACUAGAUGGAAUUCUACUUUUUAUAUGUUCGAAAAGUUAUUGAGGGUUAAAGUUGCACUAUGUGCAGCUUUGCCUUUAAUAGAUUCUCCUCCACCAAACCUGAGUUUUGCUGAGUGGGCUAUUUUAGAAGAUUGUGUGAAAAUUCUACAGCCACUGGAAAUUGUAACCAAAACAUUGUCAGGUGAAUUUUAUCCCACCUUAUCCAGUGUAAUACCUAUAAUUCAAGGGGUAAAAAAUUCUAUAAAUAAAAGAACGCCAACAACUAAUGCUGGGAAGAAUUUGCAACAAAUCUUGUUGAGAAAUAUAAGUCAAAGAUUUGGUUAUUUAGAAAAUGAUGAAAUUACAGCAAAAGCAACAAUUCUUGACCCCAGAUAUAAGAAAAAAGCCUUUGGAUUAGAGAGUUGUGCGGAUAAAGCAAUGGCUUUGGUUUUAGAUGAAGUAAAAGAAAUGACUACGGCAGAACAUAUUGAAGAGGCCGAAAAUAAUGAACCAUUAUCAGUACCGUCAAACCAUAAUAUAGAUGAUGAAAUCUGGGAAAAUUUUGAUAUGCGUGUGGUUCAGACAAUAGAACAAACUUCAAUCUCUCUUCCAGAAAGAUUAUUGCAAGAAUAUAUAAAUUUGCCAUAUUUGAAUAGAAAGCAAGAUCCUGUUCAGUUUUGGGAGGAAAGAAAAAACAUAUAUCCUGCUUUAUAUAAAAUGGCAAAAAAAUAUUUAUGUAUACCGGCAACAUCCGUUCCGUCAGAGCGCUUAUUUUCCAAGGCUGGAAUGUUGACUAAUCAACGACGGAAUAGACCCUUGCAGGAAGUGGUGGAAGCAAUUGAUAACUCCAGUCAAUCUAAGAUGAGACCCUUGCAACAAGUGGUGGAAGCAAUUGGUAACCCCAGUCAAUCCAAGAUGAGACCAAUGCCCUUGCAAGAAGUGGUGGAAGCAAUAGGUAACCCCAGUCAAUCCAAGAUUAGACCAAUGCCCUUGCAUGAAGUGGUGGAAGCAACUGUUAACAACAGUGGACCUUUCCUUAAAUCAGACAAAUCUAAGAUGAGACCGAUGCCCUUGCAGGAAGUGGUAGAUGCAAUUGGUAACCUUAAAUCAAGCCAACCUAAGAUAAGAUCGUAUACUCCAAUCUGA